GGAGGAAAAAAAAAAAAAAAAAAAAUGCGUAAGGAGGAUUUCUCUUUAAAACGCCAUAUGUGUAGACACACACGAAAAAGCAAACACCUUCCGGAAUUUUUCUUUUAUUUCACGUUAAGGAACAAAAAAUAAACUCCAAAGCGGAAGAAUCACAGAUAAGUAAAUAGGAACGGAACAGCUUUACAGUAUUGCUAGCUGAGUGUAUGUAAAAAAAAAAGUUGCACGAUAAAAAACAUACAAAAGCGUAAUUUAAAAAAAAAUGGAUGAUAGUGCUGACGAAAAUUUUGAGGGCGUUGAAGAACUGAACGAAAACGAUGAAGUAAAGUCGGAAAAUGAAAACGCGGAUGCCAAUCCAGAAAACGAAAGUGGCGAAAAUAAGCUAGAAGACGGCGAAGACAAAGCGGGGGACGAUACAAAUGAGGCCAAAUCAUCUGAUGGACUGAAUGAGAAAAAUGAAGCAGAUACUGCCGCCGAAAACGCAAAAAACACAUCGGACGAAGCGAACAAUUCGCAAGAUUCUUCCAAUUUUACCUUCGACAAAAGUUUAUUCUCUGCACCAAAGUUCCAUCCCCACUAUUUCAUGAAAGACCACGUUGUGCAGCACCUGCAGCCCAUAAUUAAAAAGGCCAGGAGAAGAAGUUUCAUGUGCUGCUGCUGACGGGAAAAAAGACCCAGACAUAGAACUAUGUUACGAAAAGGAGUUACACCUCAGAUGGGGCGUUUAAAUAUGGUGAAGGCAAAAACAAGAGGAGUUCAAUCCCCGCGAAAAAGAAAGUGCAUACAUAAAUGUGGACAUAUAUGUUACACUUCAUAGAGUCAGUCUGCGCGCUUUCCAGCGCCAAAACCGCUCCCCAUUUUGUUCCCCUUUUUAAGUAUACCACAUUUUCGAAAGUGCCUACUUUGCCAAAUGGUAUAUGUACAUAUAUACGUAUGAACACUCCACGCAGAAAAAGGUGAAACGUUUCGCUGUUCACAGCGAAUGCACUGGUUAGAGAGAAGCACUUCAAUUGCACAUACCACUCCUCAUGUGCACUAUCCUCGUCCCCUUUUUCCUCACCGCAACCG